AUGGACACUGAAGCUUCUUUUCUGGCAGCUGCCAGGGAACCAAACACUGCUUACAUGGCUAGUGAAUUGUUCCUCAAACUAAUGCUUGUGCAGCACGGGUUGUCCGAAAUGGCCACUUUGAGCAAGGAAGGUGCUUUUUCGCAUUUCAUCGGAGGUGCUGUGAGGAAGGGUUCGCCUUGGAAACCGGUCAUUGACGACUUCUUGUCACGAGUGUCAGCAGCAGGACUGGCAGACAAAUGGAUGAACAUGACCAUGGAGAUUUCUCGACAAGAGUACUACAAAAAGUUGAGAUCGACAGAAUCGUCAGCAGUUGACGGGAAUAACCUCGACACUUCGUUGACACGUGGCUAUGGAUUUUCCGAAACGGAUUCAGAAUUGACAAUCGCCAUCAAAUUGGACCACCUCCAGGGCAUAUUCGAUGACCAAGUCUCAGUUUCUGGGAAACCGUGUUGCGGCUUUCAGGUUCCAACUCUGCUGGGUAUCCGUGUUUCACGGAUUAGCAGCUUCAUCAGUUUGGAAUUGUAUUUAGUCCCAAAUCAGGAAUGGGGCAUUCAAAUGAAAAAUGGAUCAUUUGAUGGCUUGAUUGGAGAGCUGUCGGAAAAUAGAGCUGAUAUCGUCGCCAAUAUUCUUGCUAUUUCAAGAGCUCGAAUGAAAUUCGUGGAUUUUACAAAACCUUACAUUUUCGAGUACACCACCUUCGUCACUCGGAAGCCGGAUGAAAUCAGCAAAGCAUAUGCCAUUGCAAAACCCUUUUCCGACCAGACUUUGAAGCGGAAAGAAUAUUCAUUGCUGUGGGACAGACUUCAAAGCUCGGAUCAUCGAGGACCAGGGAUUUUGACCAACGCACCCAGCAGGGCCGGAGUCAUUUCCGCAGUACAAGAGAAGAAAAGAGCGCAUAUAGUUGGCAAAAUUUGCACCGGGAUUCUUUUGCAAAUGGGACUGGAAGAAAUGGCCGUUAUGAGCCCAGGGAUGAAUAUGCUGAGUCAGAUGAUGGGCGUUGCUGUUCGAAAGGGAUCUCCACUUUUACCAGUCGUGGAUCAAAUGAUCAGCAGGAUGUUAGCAGCAGGUUUAAUUGACUUCUGGACCAGACGUUCUUUGGCUAAAUCCAGACAAGAAUAUGGCGUCAACAACUUUUCGGGACCAAGCUCAAAAGAAGAAAAGAUCAUGGCUUUGAAACUGGAACACAAUUACGCCGCAUUUUUCGUUUUGGGAAUUGGAACAGCUUUGUCUUGCUUCGUGUUCCUGAGUGAACGUUUGUUUUUCAAAUUGACUGCCCACAAGUGCUGGGAGACCUGA